CUCAGUCAGAUGGAGACUCCGGAAAGUCCGCGUGCAAACCAAGCCGGCGUCUGUCAGCAUGAGCACCGUUCAUAUUGAGGAUAUUUCCACAUUUAUUUCAAUUAUUUCACUUAUUGUAUUAAACAGACAACCGUCAGGUGGUUCUCAUUGCCUUCAUUGGUGCUCACCAUGGCUCGUGAUCGGCGACACAAGAGGCGCGUGGAUUGAACCGACUCAACCCCAGUGAGGCCCUCCUGAAGACUGCAGAGCCAGAAAGAAAUGAAGACAAAUGAUCUGCUGCAGAUUGAAACCUUUGAAGAAUGGACACAUCAUGACAUGAAACCUCCUGUAGGUGAAACUUGAGCUCUUUGAGGGAAUAAAUCUCCCCUUUUACAUGCCUACUCCGCUUCUAAGUCAGUAUGUCACUGUCGGACUGCAAAUAUGGGAGCAACACCCACACGGACUACACUCACAGCCUCCACAGCUUGCCCAUGGCUGAGAACUAUGGGAAAGGGCCCGUCCGGACAUCGUUUGACGUGAAUUCAAAUCUGGAUAUCAAGUGGUCGCUGAGAAACCUGAGGAGCAUCUCGAAAGUGAAAGUGGUUAGCUUCCUGAUGGGCUUGACUCUGACCUUCCUCAUCACGGCUUCCUACAUCCUAACGUGGGACAGGAAGGGACUUUUGCUCACCCCCUCACCCUAUCAGCUCAGACCUGCGGUCGUCCUGACAAGCACAGCAGCAGCCGAAGCUCCCUCUGGAAAUGAUUUAAUAGACAUGAAACUGCUGGCGAAGAAUAUCAGCUCUAAACUGGAAUACACACCCAGGAAGGUGCCUGAUGAAAAGGAUGUCGUUGGAACGGACUCCAAUCUGUUCUCUGUAAUUCCUCGCCACUUCCUGCCCGGCAUUAAGAGCCCUUGCUGGUAUGAGGAGUUCUCCAGUGAACGCAGCACUGAUCUGUACCAGAGGAACCUCUUCACUCGGCGCUCAAAGACCUUCAAGACUGUGUGUGACCACCUGAGGACUAACUUCCAGCAGCACUUAUUUCACAGAGGAAGCAAAGUGUUUCGCCUACGCUGCUUACCGUACUUCUACAUCAUCGGACAGCCGAAGUGCGGCACGACGGACUUGUUCCACAGGCUGCUGCUGCACCCAGAGGUCAAGUUCAACACCAUGAAGGAGCCGCACUGGUGGACCAGGAAACGCUUCGGUAAGUC